AUGGAGGAAGUGGUCGCCGUAGCCGUGGAUUGUCCUCCGACACCGGAGAUACUGCCACUGACGACUACACCACCGCCACCGUCGCAGUUACAGGUAGUGUACAGUUCGUCGUCGGAAGAAGCCGAUGAAUCAGCCGACGGGCGUAGCUCCCCUCCGCCAAAGUGCGCAAUUUGUUUGGGAAAAUGUCGCCAGAAGGCGUACGCGAACUCGUGUCGACACCAGUUCUGCUUCCGGUGUCUGCUGGAAUGGAGUAAGGUUAAACCGGAAUGUCCGCUGUGCAAGCAGCGCUUCAACUCGAUCGUACACUACAAAUCGAUCAACUGCUACGAGGAACACAUGAUACAGACAUCGAACCCGCUGGAACAGUCACUGCCGCGCGAGGCAGACUUUUACCGUCGACUAAACUUUUACGUUUCCGAUUUGCCCCGCAUCACGUACCAUGCCACGCUGCACAUGCCAACGAGCCAGAGCGAACUGAUGCAGCAACUGUUCAUGCACCAGUCGAGCGAUGUGCGACGGUUUAUUCGCGAGUUUGGCGACCAAGUGGUUCCGACUCGCCAGAACAGCAUCGCCUGGCGACAGUUCAUCUAUCGACAGCGGCUCUACGCUCGCCCGCUGCCGGAUGUGAAUGGGCGUUUCCGGGUCAGCUCGGCGCAUUUUUAUCUUAUGCAUCCGGCCCAACUGCAUCGCAUCCUGCCCUGGGUGGAACGCGAGGUGUACGCCAUGGAAACCAUUGCACCGACUAUGUCCCCACCGAUGGCAACGCGGAUGGGGUACCUGCUGAAUUCGUUCGAUAUCGACUCGCCCGACUUUCUGCGCGCCUUGGCCCCGUACGUCUGUUCCAGCUUUCGCGAGCACUUUCGGCACGAGCUCUCCAACUUUGCCCGCUCACCGUACGACAUGAUUGGCUACGAUCAAUGCGUCCAGUACGAGCCGCGCUUCAAUCACCGCCCAAAUCAGCAUGUGAUUCUGUCGUCGUCGGAUGAAGAGCUAGACUCGGAGCAAGUGGAUGACGGUGCCGUCAAUAUGUCCGAACCCGUCGCCAGCACGUCGUCGUCGUCGUCCAGUAAUAGUACCGGAACCGGUCAGGGGAGUACUAGCGGCACUGGUGGCCGUGGACGAGCCGGGCGCACUCAGUUUCGCUUCGAAGCGCGUUCGACUAACGAAACUGUCAUCAUGACAGGCACGCUUCGUGAGACUCGGGCCGAGGUGGAGGCAUUUCACGCAGCAGCAUCCACGCCGGUUAUCGAACUGAACGACAACUCGGACAGCCCCGGAUCGGUCUCUGUUUCUGCUGCGGCAGCAACGACGACAACGAGUACCCUUCGGGAUGGUGACAAUAUUUCGCUAUCCUCGAGCGAUUCCGACGAUUGCCAGUUCGUGUUGGCACAGAAACCUCCGCAUCUCCGAACGCCGGACCAUGUGGUUGACCUAGAAUCGGACUACGACAGUGAUGUGGUGUUUGUGGCCGUCGAAUCGGCCGGCAAUCAGCCCGCAACGACGAAUGGCGACGCGUCGGAAAAGCACUCUCUACCCCUGCCAAAGAGUGACCUUAGCUGCGAGUACAACAAUGGUGCAUCGACCAGCUCCGGGUACCACGGGGGCGCUGGGUCUAGCGGGAGUGGCACCAGCAUGCGCGACAAUCACUACACACGGUCCCGGGUGAAUCGUUACACGGGCGGAAUGGGAGUGAAGAGUAUCUACGAAGAGAGCGACAGCGACGAAGACGAGGACGACAAUGAGGACGGUGAACUGUACACAGCUUCCCCACGGUCCCCGGCGUCAGGCUCUUCGGUCUGUUCGUCCAAUUCCUCUUCCUGUCCUAACACGGUUUGCACGGUCACUUCGCACGACAAGGUCGUGUACAACUUGCGUACAUCGGUUACCACGGUAACGCGGGGACGCAAGAGAAAACGAAACAGCCGGAAAACAAAGCAGUCCGGGACUAAGAAAGUUUGGCGCACACGGCAAAGAAGCACUAGCAGCAGUAGCAGCAGCACCAGCAGCAGCAGCGAUGGCGAUGGUAGUAGCAGCCGAAAGAAUGUCUCCACCGGAAGCAGCAACUCUAGCGACAGUACCCGUAGCAGCAGUGCCACCAGCAGCAGUAGUAGCAGCACAAGCAUCACAAGCAUUACCAGCGCCAGCGCCAGUUCUGCCAGCAGCGAGUCCCAUUCGGUGGAGCCUUCCGUCGUGGUUAAGACCAGUGGCGAUGGUCACCGAAUUCGCUUGUCGACGAACUGGGUCACUUCAAAGAACAAAAAAAAUGGGAAAAAAGAUUCCAAAGCGGAAGCAGCUUCCCGUGCCAAACCGAAAACCACUCGCCGUGGCAACGCGAAGAAAAAGGGUGCCCAAAGCAAAGCAGCGCGUCCUCCCAAAGCGGCUCCCAAAAAGGCGAGCGCAGCAAAGAGCAACACCGAGCAACCGAGUGGUCGCAGCAAACGGGGGAAACUUUCCCAGAAACGGCCCGAGGAACAGAACGCCUCUCCAGCGGUACCCAUGGAAACGGGAAGCUCCCAGGAAAAAGGAGUGAAAAAGAUCGGACAGUAUUUCGUCCAAAUUCAGCCCUCCAGCUCGCCGACAACCGAGAUCGCUUCGGACGAUGACACUAAUACGCCUGGUGGUGGCCGAAAGCGAAAACUUAGCAGGGUCAUCAUCAAGCGGUACCAUCAAGACGAUCAACCCGGGCCGCAGACAAAAGAAACAGACACAUCGGCCCCGCCCGGCCCCGAGUGUUCAUCGGCAAAACGUACAAAAUCUGAAGAUCCGAUAGCAUCUUGCGCUCCGAAUGGCACCACGGUCGAACCGACGCCCGGUUGCAGUCGGAAUACGGUGAUAGCCAAAACGGAACUGAUUGACGCGCCAUCCGCAUCGGGCAGUGAUUCGGACUCGGAUGCUACGGCAGUGGGAACCUGGCAGGAUACGGCGAGUGGAACCGCGGCGUCCGUCAUUGUAAGCACAUCACAGUUGGCCCAACCAACGGUCAGCGAUUCAGCAGCAGAGCUGCAGUUGCCACUAAUGCCGGAUCACGAACAGCUUUUGGAGGACGCAAAUUCCGUGGCGCUAGAUACGCUUUUGCGCUUUUCCCCCACCUUACACUGGGCCUCCGCUGAUCCUCCACCGAUCGAGGACCACCUUUCGAUCUCCGUGUCCGACACCCUCUCUCCGGAAACGUUCUCGACGAUAACGUUUUCCCCCUCGUCGACUUCGGUGUCACCGUUGGCCGCGAUGUUGGCCAUCCCGUCCUCUUCGGUGCCCGAGCUAAUCGACGGGAUCGGUUCGCUGGCUUCCGCUUCGCAGCUCCCGUCGUCUGUCGUGGGUGCAGCGACGAUCGACGGCGCGAUUGAUGAACUCAUGUCCAUCAUUCCCGCUGACGCAUUCAACAACACUCAAGCGUCCCUCACAGGAGACGGGCCCGCCGGUGGUAUCGAGGCGACCGAGUCGAGCUCUGGCGCGUUAUCGUCCUGCGCACCGCUUCCUCCCGAACACGAACCAACCAAUCUGCCUGGCGUGCAAAGUAUAGUCGCAGGGUCCGAGGUAGAGCUGUGAGAUUUGCUACGGAUAAUCGAUUUCAUCGAUUGGUAGUGACCAUCGGGCGGGGACAAACUGUGGCAAGGGUAGGUCCAUCUGGUUGGAGCGCUUUGUGUUCAUUCACUAUUCUUAUGUGUUUUGUCUUUCA